AUGGCGCUCCUUAACCCGACCUUCAUUUUCGGCCUAUUCGUCCUCCUCUACCUCUCCUCCUUCGUCCUCUUCGCCGUACUGCGCAUCGUCACCGGCAUAUCGAUACAACGGAUCGGAUACUUCUCCUUGCGCCGACUGGCUUAUACCCCCAGAGAUGGCAUCAAGCUCGAGAUCCGCGGCCUCGGCCUCACUCUUCACCGUCCGACUUUCUCUCAGCCGACCUGGCUCAGUGUCGUUGUCAGCGAACUCGUGGUGACAGUGGACGUCAAAGAACUAGAAGGACAAAAACACAAUCUGGCCCAGCCUGGUGAAAGCGAGACCGAAAGCACUGAGGACUUACGAGAUGCCAAACCAAAGCCAGCGCCGAGGAGCCCGCUCCAGAGGCGGGCAACCUUCGAGGCCGCCCGGAGCGCGACAUGGAAACAAUUGACUAAAAUCAAAGAGCGCAUUAAGCGGCUGCAUCGCAAUGUUCGCUGGCUUCGGAUGGUUGAUGUGGUGGCCACGGAUUCAGCCGUUCACAUCGUUGACGUGGGCAAAGUCCAAGUUGGCAGCUUCACCAUUGCCUUGGACACCCGACAUCGGAUGGGCGACCGUGCCCGAUUCUUCUUCCAGUCCAGAGCCGAGAAGCGUCGCCAGACACAGCCCGCGGAAUGGAUCGUGACCUUGCGGAGUAUCCUCUUCACAGCCAAGGGCGGCGAAGCCGUCGAAGUCCUCGACAGCGCCGCGCUUAAUGUACAUGGCUUUUUAUACGCCAACCUGGACGGGCUACGAGACGCAUCCAUAGCAUUGAAGUUUGGCAGGGUGCACAUUCCUUACGAUGACGUGCAAAUCUGCGUCGAGCGUUACCAAAGGUCCAGGCGUCAGUAUUCGAAUACCUAUACACAGGCUGAGUCAAUCGAGAUCUCGGUGGACAAAGUCAUUCAAGAGAUCGAUACACCCGGUAGCACUGAUCAAGACUUGAUGCAGACCGUGUCUGAUUCCAAGGAAUUUGUGAGCUCAAUUCUUCGGGGAAUCAAAGAGAUCCAAUUCGCCGUGAGCUUCGUCAGUCUCACCAAGAGAAUGACCGCCGUGCGAUCAGCCGGGUCGCCUUUGCUGUUGAACGCAUCGAUGAAGGAGGUUGGUAUAGACCUUCAUCGCUUGGAUCCGAAGUCCCCAGCACAUCGUAUGUACUUUCCUUCCAAGGACAUUGCACACGAGGCUCUUGUUGCAGCUUUAUCUAUCUCGGUAGGAUUGGACGAUGGCCACGGCAAGCCAGAAAGGGUGUUGUACGUGCCUAUGGCUACGACGACCGUCAAAACAACUCUACCCUCCAAGACCGUGGAACUGUCCGGUGUUGGGAGUGCCGAGGAGAGAAACGCCAACAUACUGUUCGCCAACUCUGUUGUCACCUCUCCGUCUGUUGAUCUCGACCCAAAACAUCUUCCUGUGCUCAUAGCACUGCUUCAAGCUCGGCCGAAGUCCCCCAAGGCGCACGCGCAGCAGAGGCAUAUGCUGAUCUCCCGGCUGCUCCCCAAAGCUAACAUCAAAUUCUCAAUGCAUGAGCCUGUCAUCAGGAUCGCAUUACCUCCAGUGGAAACGACUGAUGACCCGGACGACUUCGACCUGAUCAUAUCUUCCAUAUCCUCCAUUUCUCUUGACGUCGAGUCAUUCCACUCUACCGUGGAAGACCUGCACUAUUCUAUAGCUUCGUCAAUGCGAGUACAAACUCAUCAUCUAUACUACCAAACCACUCAGGGCAACCGGUUUGAUCUGAUCGAUACGGAGUCCUUCGACUUGAAGGUCCAGCUGUCAGCGACGCCAGACGUCCAUAUCGUUGCGCAAGGACAUCUCCAAACACUUGCAAUUCGCAUGACGCGGCCUGAGAUCACAAAAGGCUUGCGCCAGAUAGUCAGCCAGCUCAAGCCGAAAGUAGAGCCUGACAAGCGGGCUGGGUCUAAAACAGCAAGCUCGCAGAACUUCCUACGAGCUCUGCCACAAUGGCUACUCCAUUUCUCAGUUCAGGUUGAAGAUUUCAGCGCAGAGUUGACCGGGGUUGACGAAGACUUUCCUGGCAACACACGCGGUGUUGUCCUCAUGGUUGAUACGUGGUCAACAGAGUAUCGCGCUCAGAGGCUGGAUAAUCUCAAACAACGACCGACCUCGAGGAGACGAGCGGCGAGUCGAUCUUUUGCCCCAGAUGGCGACUUCUUGAACUCUAUAUCGGUGCCACCAUCCCCGCGCAGAAAACCCCAGAAUGACGGUGAUGGACGAAGGAUCGCUGUUCACGUACGAGGCCUUGAGGCGUUCAUAGUCGAGGCCCCCGAGAAAUGGGAAGUCGAGCCAUUUGUUCACAUGCCACGCUUCGAGGUAGCCUUCUCAACCCACAGUGAUGCGCACAGCGCUAUCCUGCAUGUACACUCUCACGUACGGACCCUACUCAUUCGGUACUCUCUCUUCCGUCAUUAUUCCCUCGGUAUCGCUGUCAUGGUGCUACGAAAAGCAUUCAUGAGAGGACCACAGCAUGGGACACCGGCGAAUCCACCGACUGACCGUUUGUCACCUCUCUCACUUUCGACAGAUUCGCCGAUGACAAACCAGAUGGAUCCCUUCUUCCGUCCCAUGAAAGAGCUGGUAACAGUCGAUUUCAAAGCUGCGUUGGUCCAGGUCAAGGCCGAAAUGCCGUCUGACCCUCCUCUGAUGAUGCAGAUUUACAGCAUGGAAGCAGGUCGUCAACGAUGGUCACCCCCCUUCUUCUACGCCAAGCUAGUACGCUUGUAUGCUGGCGCCCCCAGAAUGCAAGGUGUCUGGGCCCGGAUCGCCAGCAUCAAGACGAUUCGCUUGGACUAUCGAGAGUCUCGGAGAAAGACGUCAACAGGGGCCUUUCAAGAUGAGAGGAUGUUCGAUGUGGUGACAGAGGCCAUGAGGCUGGCGGUGCCGCACGAGCUCAUCAUCAACAAAAUCUCGGACAACCUCAUUAAUGUCAUCAAAGCGAGUUCGCAGCUACACCAUCGAUUCAAAACUGGAACUAAUGAAUACAUACUGGAGAAGACAGCAGAGGAGCCAAAGAACGUGCCCAAAAUCUCUCUGAGGACUCGCACCCUUUUGUUUGAGCUCGAGGACGGGGCGUUUGAGUGGAAACUAGGGAUGAUAUACAGGGCAGGCCGCGUUGAACAGCUUCAACGGCUUGCGCGCGAGGAGGCAUACCGCGUCAAAGUGAAAAAGAUCCACGAGAAAGAAAUCAGGAAGGGUUCGAGCCGAAACCGCAACCGCUCGGCCAUGACAAGAGGCCGUGCUAUGGACAACACUUCGUCGGCACGUAGUAGGAGCGAAGCUGGCGCGAAUCAACCGUCUCGCGAUGGGCGCUCUCGCAGCGAAGUUCCUCGAGGCAGGAAUCCUCGUUACGAUCCAGAAUGCGUUCGCGGCAUGAGUGGCAGUGCUCACGUCACAAUACAAGAAGCCAGGAGUAGGCUGCACCAGCAUAAUGCCCAAAGCUGGAAGAAACGCAUCGAUCGGCACUGCCUCAUAGCGAAAGAUGGGAUGAAUGAGAUUCGCGGGCUUUUCUGGGGACCAGAUCAUCUCCCGGACGAUUUUGAGGACACCGAGAGAAUCCUCGAGGUGCCGCAACGGCCAGCGCUAAUGUCCACGAUCAUCACCGACUUACACGUCACCAUCGAUAAACCCUCGUUUCCUCUCCAGAAGCUGCCCGACUUUCUGCACAAGGUCGGAAAGGGGAUGCCAAAGGACAUGAAGUAUUCGCUUCUCAUGCCAAUGAACGUACAGAUCAACAUGAGCGAGGCUAGAGUGAGUCUCCGAGACUAUCCUCUGCCGUUACUUCAUGUCCCGGCGUUGAAACCCGGCCAGUCCUCAAAGCUCCCAGCGUUGUCACUCAAAACGGAUUUUGUCAUUGCAGAAGAGUUUCGUGGCAACGAAUCAUCUCGAAGGAUACGAGUCCAAAUCACACCUGUGAGCAAUCUGGAACCUGGUAUGCCUAAUGGAAGUUUCGCCAUCGAUGUUCGCCGUACCAUAGGUCCAGUCAAGUCUUACUCGGACAUGCAUGUCGACUUGAAUACUGCCUAUCCCACCAGAAUCACAUGGGGACCUUCUUACCAACCAGCCAUUCAGGACAUGAUGAUGGGCAUCGAGUCGUUCACUAAGCCGCAAUUGGAUCCUUCCGAACGUGUUGGGUUCUGGGACAAGAUCAGGCUGAAUUUCCACUCCCGUGUCAGGGUUGCGUGGAAAGGUGGUGGUGAUGUGCAUCUCGCUCUAAAGGGCACCAGAGACCCUUACCAUGUCACUGGCAAUGGCGCUGGAUUCUUGAUGUGCUGGCGGAACAAUGUCAGAUGGAACAUUCAUACAGACGACGACCCGAAGAAACUCAUGACUGUGGACAGUGGCGAAUAUGUCCUUGCCGUUCCCGACUACAGCCACCAGGUCAGAGAAGCAGCACGUGGAGUUGAAGAGAACGAAAGCAUGACCAGCGAAAACAGUUACAAGUCCGGUGCAGUCUUCAAGAAGGUAGUGAUGAAACUGUCAGGCAACGUCCAAUGGAUGGCCGGGCUUGUUUUCGAACGAGCUAUAGAGCGUGGCCACCGGAGCUUCGAGUUCAAACCGCACUACGACGUCGUCCUGAAAUCUCCAAUGCACGCCAAGUCAGAUGACGGAGGUCUCCCAUACGAUGCUUUCCGAGGCUUCAGGAGCCAGUACAUACACCUUUCUAUCGCUGUCAGAGCACCAGUUGACCGCGACUGGACCUCUUCGGAAUUACAGCCAUCUAGGAGUUACAAUACUGUACACUUGACACCCAGGUUCUUCACCCAUUUCUAUGCUUGGUGGUCUUUGUUCAGUGGUCCGAUGUCUCUGCCCAUACGCCAAGGAUCCCUCUGGCCAGGAAGAGAAAAGAACAGCAAGAAGUUUGGAAGGCAUCUAGGCACGAUCAAGUACAACCUGCUUUUAGCACCUCUAUUCCUCAGCCACAUAUAUAAGCACAAAGAUGCUGAAGACUACUCCGAGAAUUCCGUUUCUGCCACUGGCAUCAAAGUCAGAUUCGAUAGCUUCAUGCUCGAUAUCCACCAACGCCGAGAGGAGUUCAACACGCGGGACCGCGGACGCAAGACCAAGGGCAAAACGACCGGAAUGAAGAUUCAUGCAGCUCAGCUUGAUCUUGUGUCGGCGGAUAUACGUGCCGUUUCUGCUAGUAUCAAAGGCACAACAAGUGAAGCAAUCCAGAAGAACUCGGUCACAACACUGAUCACGCAACAAGAAGACAUCGGAAAUGACCUCUCCAACUUCACAAUUCCCGAUCACGACUUCAGCUGGAUCGACAUGGAUGAUUUUGUUGAGCUUGACUGGAUCCUUCCAUCGGAACCAAACCCAGACACCAAGAUCCUACCCCUGGCGUAUGCUCCCCGUGUCACUUAUUUCAGACAGACCGACAUUGGUGGUACUAUCGACGGCGACCCCGAUCGCGCCAGUCCUUUCGGCGAUGAGCCGUCGCACUUUUGCAUAAUGAGCCAAGACGACGACCCUAGGAGGGUUCAGUCGCAGCUCAUCAAAAAGCGCCUAGAUCAGCUGGAAGUCCAGAUCACGAAUAACAUACGCAACGUUGACGAUGCUGAGUUGCGUAUGUUAGAAAAAGAUAGGAAUGACCUCGGUCUAAAGGCAGAGUACGAGAGUCUCAGCAGGCAUACCGGAGUCCUACAAGAGAAACGGGCGUUCAUGGAGAGCAUGCUACGGCAGAUGGACUUCAAGAUCGAUGACAAUGGCCGAAGCGAGAGCUCAGGCAGCAGCAAAGUCCCAAGCCAGAAAAACGAGCCCCCAAUUGAGAACGGCGAAGGGAAGGUCAAGGUACCUACUGGGGCGGAGUUCGCGAGCGACUUCAAGAACAGAUUUGUUGUCCACAAUAUGCAGCUCAAAUGGAACAAUCUGCUGCGCAAUAUCGUUCUGCGGUACAGCCACCAAGUCAGUCAACGACGAGGUUUUGUAUACUACUUGUCUCGGCCUGCCGUCAAGUUCAUCCUGGAUAUCGUCGAAGAGCAGGCGAAAGCGAAGCAAAAUAACAACUCGACCAAAAAGGCAUCAGAUGCCUCAGGCAAGCCUUCAGCUACCGAUCCUAAUGGGAAAUCUGAUGACGUCAACGCCGACAUCGAGUAUCGGAUAAAGCAGAUCUUGAAGGACGGUAGAAAGUACGUCAAUGCUGAUGGUUCCAGCUCGUCGGAGGGAACCGUCAACCCGAAUAUGGAGGACAUCACGGGGGGUAUUGCAGAAGAUUUUGCGCCACAGAGCAGUUUCCAUGUUUGUUUGAUUGCACCACAGAUCCAGCUCCAAAGUGACAAGAACCAGAAACACGCUAUCCUCGUCACGGGUAAAGGCAUGGAGCUGAAAGUGGUGGAAGUCAUGGAAAAGGCCAGGCUAUCUGAUCAGGUCAGCGGCCUGGUCCAACGACGUUUCUUCCUUCGCAUGGACAGUGCCCAGUUCUUCGUGUCGCAUCAGAAGUGGUUCUCUGACCAACUUCUGUCGAUGUAUUCUGCGAAUACGUACGGUGUGCCUCUGGGCUCAUCUUGGCCGCCUUGGGUACCAAUGGAGGUCAUGUUCGACUUUCAAUCGGAUCCUUUCGGCUUCAAACGAAUAGUGCAAAAGACGUCGGCGAUGUUGAGGUAUGACAAAUACAACACCCUGCGACUGAAAUACAACGAUGAGGUCAACGACGUGGAAGCAGAUGAUCCGUCCACCGAGAGCACCGAGAGCAGGAUGGAUAAUCUCUGGGUGGAGUUUCCCCAGGCUCGGGCUCUCUGUAACUCAUCGCAAUACUACGCCAUGUACGUCAUUGUGCUUGAUCUUCUCUUGUACAACGAGCCCUUGGAGAAGACAAGGAGUGAGCGGCUUGAGAAGAUCAUGUUAGCCUCGGACUUCAGCGACCUGCGAGGAACCCCUGAGAUGGUCACCAGGUUACAGGAUCGGAUUCGGCAGCUCGAGGAUAUCAAGAGCCAUUUCCAAAUACACUCCAAGUACCUGGACAGGAAAGGCUGGGAGGAUAGGCUACUGCUGGAGCGGGACCUUGCAGCCUGCGAAGAUGAGCUGUUCUUUAUGAUGAAGGCCAUCACUACGUCUCAGCGCAAGUACGACAAUACAUCUCAAAGCAACGCCUUGAUGAAAUGGACUAUUUCGGCAAGGGAGAUUGUUUGGCAUCUCGUCAAGGACAAUAACGAGCCUCUCGUCGAACUGCAGUUGCGAGAUGUCGAGUACGAUCGAACCGACAACUCUGACGGCUCACACAUCAACCUGAUGCAAGUGGGGAAAGUGCUUGGCUUGAACCUCAUGCCAAAUGCGAUCUAUCCUGAGAUGGUCGCCCCCUACUUUGAAGAUGGGAGCAGUCCCCUUUCUGACAUGAAAGACCGGCAGAUGAUCCGUGUGUACUGGCACAUGCUGGAAGCUAUCGCGGGCAUACCAGUCAUGGACCAUUUCGAGGUGAAUCUGUUCCCAAUGAAGGUUCAGCUGGAACAUGAAGUGGGCAAGAAGCUAUUCGAGUACAUCUUCCCCGGCAUGGAGGGCGACAAAAUCGACAAUGAGAAGCCUAGCGACAACAGUCAAGGUGAAUCGCCGUUCAUUGUAAGGUCCACAUUCCCCGGUGAAGCAGAUGAUACACAUGACGAGUCGUCUAAGUCUGGCUCUGGAAGACUAGGCACAGCUGUCUCUGAUCAGGACUCGGGCUUCGGCACCCGGCCUGGGUCACUGGAACUUCGCCUGCGACCCACUCUGACCCUGGACUCCCGCUCGCCUGAAGACAGUCCUCCGAAAUCUCAAGCUAUCAGCGUUCACUCGGGGGAAGGCGGACAUGUGUUUAGACUUUUCGGCUCCAAGACGGCCAGUAAGAAACCGUCGUACGAGUCGCUUCGGUCCAACAUCGCACCACGACCUGGGUUGGGUCGGUCCAGUACCAUUGUUUCUACGAAUAGCGGCGAGAACAAGAAAGGCACGCGCUUCGCGCUCCCUCGAAAAUCCGGCGGCAAUUCUGAAGAGAAGCCUUCUGACGAUCUGACCAAAAUGAUGGCUCGUGCGUCAAACUACAUGACGUUCGCCUACAUCAAGAUGCCGUCAGUAGUCCUAUGUCUGAGCUAUAAGGGCAAGGGUGGUCGAAACAUCGAGGAUGUCCACGACUUUGUCUUCAGGUUGCCGACCAUCGAAUACCGCAAUAAGACGUGGUCUAACGUCGACCUCGUCUUGAACCUCAAAUCUCGUGUCAUCAAAUCACUCAUCUCUCACACUGGCGCCAUCAUUAGCAACAAAUUCAGCAAGCAUAGACCGAACAACGCCCAGCAGAGCAAACUCCGCGAGCUGGCAAGUAGCAGCGUACUAUUGGCAACGCCAGCCUUGUCCUACAGCGGCGAUAAUAGCGAUGACUCGUCGAGCUUAUUUGGGACGAGUCCAGUCGAUUAUUCUCGCUCUCCCCCAAAAAGCCUUCACGACUCGCAAUCCAGCAUUCCCGUGCCGCGGCGAUCGAAUAGUCAGAGUUCCAGCCUUGCUUCAUCACGAUCACGGAGUCGUCCACGAACACGCGGCAACGAGAGCACAUAUCGCAGCGCUGUACCCAUACCUACGUUCCUGAAGAUGACGCCGCCGACGCCGGCGGGCUCACAGACCGGCCUUGGGAUCGACAGGAUCGACAUGGGACGACCCCAGUCGAGCAGCAGUAACAGCCUGCUCAGCCCGAUCGUGAGGCCGCGCACGAGCGGAAGCAACAACCUGGAUGAUCAGUCCCGGCGGAAAUCCGCCGGAGGGGCCGGUUUUCUGCGGGGCAAGCUCAACGCGUUCACGAGCCGGUUGAAUAACCGCGAGGCCAGUGACGGCGCCUGGAGCCUUCACGAGGGUAACGGUAACGGCGACAGCGAAGAUGGCGCAGACGAGAGGGCUGGCUGGACGCCGCGGAGGCCGAAGACUGGUGGGGGAUGA